CGGAGCUCGUGUGGCGGGGCCGGGGACGCUGUGCCCCGGGCCGGUCUAUCCGAGCCCCCGGGCGUGCAUAGGGUGAAGGUUAGUUAAUUAAUUGACCUUGACAAUGAAACUGCUGGAAGCGCUAAAUGUUCGCUUCCUCCGCUUCGUCACCCGUGGCUUCAUAAUUUCCUGUGGACCGCCUUGUGUCCGGGGGAUGUGGACACAAGAGCCUUGUGAUCAGCCGUAACUCGGCCCGUGUGUGAAAACAGCGGCGUCCGCCGAGGCAAUGAGUGACAACGAGCAGGACUGGCUGGCUCUGAGGCCUCAGGAACCUUCUCCAUCCCAGUGCUGCGGCAGCGGCUGCAAGCCCUGCAUCUACGAUGUGUACGAGAAGGAGCUUGCACAGUGGGAGAGAGCCAAAGCAAUGCAAGACAAAAGCCUUCUCCUGGGAAAGAAGGAGCAGAGCAAUAAUUCAGAGCUGAAUCCAGAUACAUUCACUGCAUUCAGCGUGAGCUCAGUGGAACAGCUGACAGAGGACACCUACCAGUACAAAUUUGAAUUACCGGGAAAUAGCAGCUUGCGAUUGAGUUUAGGACAACAUAUCGUGUUAAGAGGAGUGGUGAAUGGUUUGGAGGUCCAGAGAGCCUAUACUCCAAUUAGCCCCAGGAAUGCAGAAGGUUACUUUGAAGUUCUAAUUAAAUGCUAUGAAGCUGGGCUAAUGUCAAAAUACAUAAAAACAUGGAAAAGAGGAGACGUGGUCUUUUGGCGUGGGCCGUUUGGAGGGUUCCCAUACCAACCUAAUAAGCAUGGAGAACUCCUCAUGCUGGCCUCUGGCACUGGCCUUGCACCAAUGAUUCCUAUCCUUCAGUCCAUAACAGAUGAUGAAGAGGAUGAAACCUUUGUAACUCUUGUUGGCUGCUUCCCUACCUUUGACAAAAUUUAUUUAAAACCUCUUCUGCAGGAUCUGGCUCGGUACUGGAAUAUUAGAAUAUUUUAUGUCCUAAGCCAGGAAACUUCGCUGGAAAAACUCCCUUGGAGCUAUCAGGAAAACACGUAUACUGGUCGUCUCAGUGAAGACUUGAUGAAGACAAUAGUAAAUUCCUGUCGAAGAAGGCCAUUUGUACUAAUUUGUGGCUCUUCUGCAUUCAAUGAAGACAUGAGCAGAUACUUGAAAGCUGCAGGAGUUGAAGAAAAUUCCUAUUUUGUCUUUUAGCAGGGCAUUCCUCACCUGAGGAACCUUAGGCUGAGCCUUGGAUGUCCUUGUUUCUUUGCAGACAUCGCACAAAACAGGCCUGCUCAGAAGACUGAGCUCCUUGGAGCAACUAUUUGUUGGUCCUCCCCUCGGUGGUGUAGUAAGGGACAGGUGCCAUUCCAGAGUGGCUGGUACAUGGUGUGCCACCCAUACCUCAGGUACUAGGAUGGCACUUGCAGUGGAAGUCUUCAAGGGCAAUUUUGAGAGAGAGCUCUCCUGAGAGGGUACUAGAAAGCAUCCAUGCACACAGCUCUUCUGUAAUACAAAGAUUGGUGACUUGCUUUGCAGUCUGUUAUUCUGCAGCAGUAUUGUGCCCUGUUAGGUGUCCAGAGGAGAGAUAUAAUCUUCAGGGAUCCUUGCCAGGCUAAGGGGACAGCAGAGUCGGGAUCAUUUUGAUUCUGUCAUGUGCAGGCUGAUGUCAGGCAAGUCCCUUCAACCUCACUGUGCUUCAUCUGCCCCACUAUACACUAAUACAGAGAAGGUGGCACUGAUUUCUGAAAACAGCCAUUCCAGCUCUAUCUGGAAAAAGUAUCCAUAAGGAUGGAAUGACACGUUCUGUCUAGUGAGAACUUAGGCUGAGCUCCUGCCCUGGCACAGCCUGUGUUACCUACCCUGUGCUUAGCCCUUGAAAUGCUACCUAGGGAGACAAAGAGCGUGUCCUAAAAGUGGGAGAGUGUGGCUGGGUUGUGGCUGCUGUCUGUCAGGGAGGACGGUUGUUUGCUUUCCAUGUCCCCUAAGUGCUGUA